AAACUGCAAGGAUUUUCGAAGCGAGCUGAUAAUGGUGAAGAUCAUAGCCUGCUUUCAGUUGCAAAAUCGGAGUUCUAGGGUUUGGACUCCAUUUCCGCUAAGCAAAAAACUAGUUCGGAGUUUUGGUUACCGUAAACUCCCUGAACAGCUACUCAAUAUCUCCGUCCUCAAAUUGGAUGGCUCUUCAUUUGUUAUCCAUGUAGCGAGGAAUGCUACAGUAGCAGACCUUAAACAAGCAGUUGAGGAAGCUUUCAAUUUCUCGCGGGAGGAUGAAGGAAAGAUUCUAUGGUCACUAGUAUGGAGUCACUUCUGUUUGUGCUAUGGAAGUCAAAAACUUGUGAAUGACAAAACUUUUAUCAACUGUUUUGGUAUGAAAGAUGGUGAUCAGCUUCAAUUUGCACAGCAUGUCACGUUGGAGUACAGGCCAGCUAAACAAAAACUGGAUAGCCAAUGUGACCAGUCCAAACAAUUCUAUAUUUCAAAUGCUCAUGAAGUGAAUGUUGAAGAUAAUGGCAACAUUGACCACCAAGAGAAGAGCAAAAUGACUGGUCAUUUUCAAGACGAGGAUGCAAUUCCUAAACCAGAAUUCAAGCGGUCACAUUUUUUAAGAAGAUGGUUAUCUCAAUCAACAUCUUGGAUACCAAAAAAAAAAGCCUUAGCCUAACCUAGAUGUUCCAUUCACUUUGCUACCGGUGCGUCUGUCUAACUUUGAAUCACUAACUAGGGCUGAGAAACUGGUCAGUUAAAGUUAAAUGGUGUCUAACUGAUGGUACUGUCUGUAUAUGCUGUCGAAUAU